AUGGGCGGCCCGCUGCUGUCCGAGCCCGUCUUUGCGCCGCGCCGCGGCGCGCUCGACAUGGGGGGUGACAGCCUAUCAGACUCGUGCGCGAACCAGGCGCGCUGCAGUGGCGUGGCCCCAGCUGGGCGCCUCAGCGGCGCGUCUCUCGGCGGGUCCGAGAUAGAGGCGCUUUACACCGAUCUUGUGCUGACGCACCGCGGCAGGCACGCCAUGAUCUACCGCGCCCGCGAGCGCCGCAGCCGGCGGCGCGUGGUGCUCAAGGCGUACCUGAGGCAGCACCGCAACCCCACGCGCGCCGCCGCGCUGGAGAGGGAGCAGCGGAUGCUGCGGCUGGCCGCGCCGCAUGCUGGCAUCGUUGCCCUGGAGCGCGUCCUGGAGAAUGCUGACGCAACAUACCUGGUGCUGGAAGCGGGGGCUGGCGGGACCCUUAUGGAGGCGAUCGCGAACAGCGGUGGCCACCUGCCAGAGCGCAUCGCGGCGCGGCGCGUCGCGGGGCCGCUGCUGCGGGCGCUGGCGCACCUUCACGCGCGCGGCGUCGUGCACAGGGACCUCAAGCCUGAGCACGUCCUGAUAGCGAACGACGGCGUCCGCGUCGCCGACUUCUCCUCCGCGGCAUGCCUGCCCAACGCGCCGCCUGCGCGGCCGCCGCUGCGGCCGGACAUCAGCCAGCGCGCGGAGACGCUGCGCCGCAGCCUGGAGCUCCUGCACGCGAGGCACCACAGACAAACAAGGUCUGGGCCACCGACACCUGACAAGGAGGGCGGCAAAGGCCACCAGCAGCAGCACCAGCAGGAGGAGGAGGAGGGCGAGCGGCAGCAGCAGCAGGAGCAGCAGCAGGGGGAGCAGCACCACGACGUGCUCAACUACCGCGUCGGCAGCAUGGAGUACAUGGCGCCGGAGAUGCUGGCCAAGCCGACUGCGGCGGAGGUUUUCCACCUGGUGCGGACUGGCGCGGUGAUCGCCCACGGCAUGGAUGAGGAGGAGCUGCCUGUUUAUGAUGAGAAGGUGGAUAUCUGGAGCGUGGGAGCGCUGCUGUUCGAGGCCCUUACGGGCUUCCAGCCCUUCCUGGCAGACGGCGCCGCAGAGAUGGCCGCGGCCGUCGCGGCACGCCUCGCAGACCGCGACCCUGAGACCGGCCUGCCGGUGUUCCUGUCGCGCCAGCCCGCGCUGAGCGCCGACGCCAAGGACUUCAUCGCGCGCUGCCUGGAGGCGAGGCCAGAGGCGCGGCCGAGCGCUGCAGAGCUGCUGGCGCACCCCUGGCUGGAGCGCCGCGGUUCUCUUGGCGAAGCGCUGUCCCAGGCGGUGCAUCCCCAGCCAGGCCAAAAGACUCCAAUGAACCGCUGCCUUUCCGAGGCCGCGAUCGCGCCAGCCACCGGCCACAUGGCCGACUCUGACCCUGGUGUUGUGCUGGGGCCGCUGGAGGGCCUGCACAGGAGCCCUUUGCUUCGCGCAGGGUCGGACGCAGAUCUACUGCAUCGCAGCAAGGCGGGGCCCCUAGCAGACGAGUGA